UCAGCAUCGGAGCCCAACCUGAAGGUGAAGCACAAGCUGAAGAAUCACCUCAAAACCAGAAAGAGUCCCCUCACCCGCAAGGAAAGCGCCCCGCCCACCAUAAAGCACAGAACCCCGGACGCCCUUGACUCUUCCCCCAGCAGCAGCAGCACUCCCGUCUCUGGUUGUAGUUCUCCUAAUGACAGUCUGCCCAACGAGAACGGACUGCUGCCAUCUGCAGGCGGCCCUUUGCAUGAGGCUCACAAGCUGCUGCUUAGAGAUGGAAACUUGUCUAACUUCACCAUCCAGAAUCCGUCCACUCUACCCACCAUCACACUUGGACUGCCAGCCAACCAAAGGGCUGAAGUGGAGCUGCCCUCACUGAAAGUCGGCCAUAUUCCUGUGGUCACCGCCGGGGGCUCGCCCGUCUUCCUCCCCCUCAGCAGAGACGAUCAAGCAGGGCAGAUGAACCCACACUUACCGGUUAUCAUCCUGGAGCCUUCUGGACUCAUGCGCACCCUGGUUCCAGGCCUCGAUCCCGUCCCUCUGCAGUUUGCCCCGCAGUUAGAUCGCCUUUCUCCUGGAGGCAUUCAGACCCGUAAGCCCUUAAGCAGAACCCGCUCCGAGCCCCUUCCUCAGAGCCCUCGAGCUCUUCACAACCAUCUCGUCCAACAGCAGCACAAUGCACAGCUGCUGGAGAGGCUCAAACAGCAGACUCACCUGGGAAAGCUGAUGUCUAAGUCCAGCGAGAAGCCAAGACUUCAUCAAAUCCCAUCUGAGGAAAUGGACUCAGAGGACGGCGGGACGUCCCCCACUGAGACCAGUUAUCACAGCAGAGUGCGAGCGGAGUCGCUGAGAGAGGUGGAGCCAGCGGGAUCCAAGGCCCGUGACGAGCAAAUCAAUCUACAACAUGCUCUCAUACUUAACCAGUCGCUGCUGUAUGAGCAGCAGAAGCAGCUGCAGCAGAUGCAUCAACAAAUGGAGACCCUGGCUGUGCCUGUGUUUCGUAGCAGCGGAGGGGCAGCCUGUGGGUUGGGCGUCCACCCGGCCCUGUCGCGUACUCGCUCUUCCCCCGCCUCCACCUCGCUCACCGCACCGGAGAAUCCCCUCAGCCGGACAACGCAGGAAACGGCCAGCAAACCCCGCUUCACCACCGGGUUGGUGUACGACUCACAGAUGCUAAAACACCAAUGCACAUGUGGAGAUAACAGCAGCCACCCAGAGCAUGCUGGGAGAAUUCAGAGCAUCUGGUCACGGCUGCAAGAGAGAGGCCUGAGAGGGCAGUGUGAGACUAUCCGAGGUCGUAAAGCCACUUUGGAGGAGCUGCAGUCGGUCCAUACUGAGCGUCAUGUGUUGCUGUACGGCACAAACCCCCUCAACAGGCUGAAACUGGACAACCGCAAACUGGCUGGAAUCCUAUCGCAAAGGAUGUUUGUUAUGCUGCCAUGCGGGGGAGUCGGGGUAGACAAUGACACCAUCUGGAAUGAGUCGCAUACCUCCACGGCGUCACGGAUGGCAGCGGGCAGCGUCGUGGAGCUGACCUUCAGGGUGGCCAAAGGAGAACUCAAGAAUGGCUUUGCUGUAGUCAGACCACCAGGACAUCACGCAGACCCCUCCAAUCCGAUGGGCUUUUGUUAUUUUAACUCUGUGGCCAUUGCUGCCAAGCAGCUCCAGCAGAAGCUCAAUGUCAGUAAGAUCCUCAUUGUAGACUGGGAUGUUCACCAUGGUAACGGCACCCAGGAGGUAUUUUACAGCGACCCCAGCGUUCUCUACAUUUCGCUUCAUCGCUAUGACGAUGGGAACUUCUUUCCUGGCAGCGGCUCACCGGCUGAGGUUGGUUCUGGAGCCGGUAAGGGUUUCAAUGUGAACGUAGCCUGGAUCGGAGGACUGGAGCCGCCCAUGGGAGAUGCAGAGUACCUCGCUGCGUUCAGGUCUGUGGUGAUGCCCAUUGCCCAGGAGUUCUCUCCAGAUGUGGUUCUGGUGUCGGCUGGGUUCGACGCCGCUGAGGGAAACCCUGCUCCGCUGGGAGGCUACAAAGUCUCUGCCAAAUGUUUUGGCUUCCUGACCCGCCAGCUCAUGUCUCUUGCUGGAGGCCGUCUAAUUUUGUCCCUUGAGGGAGGUCAUGACCUCACAGCUAUCUGUGACGCAUCUGAAGCCUGUGUCAGUGCUUUGCUGGGCAUACAGGAAACGAUGCCAGAGGAAAUUCUCCUUCAGAAACCCAACGCCAACGCAGUGCGUUCCCUGCAGACUGUCAUAGAGAUACAAAGUCAGUUCUGGCAGAGCGUGAAGUCCCAGAGUGGGUUGGUGGGCCUGUCGUACAUGGCCGCUCAGAGUAAAGACUGCGAGGAAACAGAUGCUGUAAACGCUUUGGCCUCACUCUCAGUGGGAGUUAUAACCAACAAAAGGACCCUGGAUGAGCCGAUGGAUGAUGACAGCGACUCCAUGUAGGAGAACCUAUAUAAGUCCCCUUUUCAGAAGUGAUCCUCACCAGACAGGAUGUCCUGACGCUGUCAUUUAUUUUGCAAUGCCACUGAGCCCCCCCCCCCACCCCCCACCAGUUAGCCUUCCUCACUCCAGUCCACAAGCCGCCACACGAUGCCGAACCUCAAACCUGGGAACCACUUGUAGCACUACCAGCAGCUGAGAAACCUCGGGAACCUCACCAAAGAGCAAUACAAGUCCACUCUAACAGACUCCUCAUCUCUUCUUACUGACAUCCAUACAAACAAACUUAUGAUGGAAGAACAUAGAGAGGCGCACGGAGAUCCUUGAAGCACUGUGCACCAGCAGCUGAUUUAAUGCCUUAACUUCCUGUCGUUGUAAAGCCCACCAUCAGGUUUCAUGGCGAGGAGACUUUGACUGAUAAACUCUCUGCUCCUCUGCCGCUUCGCCUCAGGUGUCCGGGCUGAAGCAAAAGCUGACCAAACAGGAUACUAAACAUACCUACUGUGUGACAUCAGGCGAAAGCUCAUAUGGUCGACGGAUAAACACGCAAUAAUAUGACAAAGAAGGAAGAAUAGAACAAUGAGAAGUAGAGACAGUUUAACCACUAGACCAUGACAGUAAAGAACUCAAGGAGAGGAGUGAAUGAAGACACAACAUGGACAACUGUAGUUUUUCUUUUUUUUUCUU